AUGAAGGUGAUUCUUCUUGCCUUAUUGUGCUUACUCAUAGCAAGACAGAAGGCUAAAGUAUAUGACGUCUGUGACUUAUAUUACAUGCUGAAGUUUUUUCGGAUGGAUCCUUUCAAAGGCAUUUACUCAGAGCAGUAUGUCUGUGCUGCUGAUUACUCCAGCAGGCUCGACACUUUGUACUAUGAGAACGUUGACGGGGUUCCCCGUUAUGGAAUAUUCCAACUCAGUGGCCUCGAGUGGUGUGACAAUGGGAGGCAUCCCACUCAAAACAAAUGCAACUCUAGCUGUGAUUUGUUCUUAGAUGAUGACAUCCAAGACGACGCUUUAUGUGUUAAAAAAGUAGUUCAAAGCACAAUGGACAUGAGAGCUUGGCCACUCUAUCUGAAAUACUGCAACAAGUAUAUGGUCCGCCAUUAUUACCUAAAAUGCCUUUUUGGUAGGAGUCAUGGUACACCUCAGAAGAGAAUUUGACAGAAGACAAGGACCCUUGGCUGGGUGAAGCUUCAGAGUCUUCUAAUGCAGGACAAGUCAAGUCCACGAUGCUCCAGUGCAA